AUGAAGUUAUUUCUCACUUUUUUAACUUUAAUUUCUAUUACACUUGCAGUAGUAUUUGAACAUCAACUCUUCAAAGUUGAAUCUAAACGUAAACGUUUAAUAAGACAAGGAAAAUGGAAGGAAUAUAUAAAACAUAAAAAUUUUAUGGAACAUAAUUUUAAAAAUCAAGUUUUAGCUUCUGUUUCUGAAAGUGUUAAUGAUUAUUAUGAUAUAGAAUAUCUAGGAAAUAUAUCAAUUGGAACUCCAUCACAAUAUUUUUCUGUUCUUUUUGAUACUGGAUCAUCAAAUUUUUGGAUUCCAGAUAUUACGUGUACUGAGUGUAAAGGAAAACAUCAAUUUAAUCCCUCAGAAUCAAAAACUUACAUUAGAACUGGAAAAUUUUUUACCAUAACAUAUAGAAGUGGAUCUGUUUCUGGAAUACUUGGACAAGAUACAGUAGCUUUUGUUGGAGACAAUAAACAACUUUCUAUUCCUAACACAACUUUUGGACGAGCUCAUUAUAUUUCUUGGAUAUUUAAAGAUGAUUCAAGUGAUGGUAUUCUUGGUCUUGCUUUUCCUUCUAUUUCUAUUGAUGGUAUACUUCCACCAACGUUUAAUGCUCAAAAACAAGGUCUUCUUGACAAACCUAUUUUUACGGCAUAUCUUCAACAUAUACAACCUGCUAAUGGAAAACCAGGAGGUUCUUUUACUUUUGGAGAUGUUGAUACGAAGAAUUGUGGACCAAUUAUUGCAUAUGAGAAGCUUUCUUCUUCUACUUAUUGGGCAUUUAAAGUGAAUAGUAUUUCUAUUGGAUGUUUUAAAAUGUCAAAAGUAUUUAAUGCAAUAUCUGAUACUGCCAGGGGAUUUUUGGGUUUUCCACAAUUUAUAGUUGAUAGAAUUGCUGGGAUUAUUGGAGCAAAAUUCAAUGAUAAAUAUGGAAUUUAUACAAUAAAUUGUCUACGCAAAUUUCCAGAUUUGAAUUUAAUUAUUGGACAACAUACUUAUACCAUAAAAUCUAAUAAACUUGUUGAUGACAUGGAUCUAGGAGGAGGCAUGUGCAUGAUGGGAAUGUUUGGUGUAUCAGGUAUGGGAAUUCAAGUUGUUCUUGGAGAUUCAUUUAUUCAAAGUUAUUGUAAUAUUUACGAUUUUGGAAAUAAUCAAAUUGGUUUUGCUUUACCAAAAUAA